AACUAAUAGUUAUAUCCACCCCUGGGUGAUGAACAAAUACAAACAAUUUCGAUUUCGGAUUCAGACCCAUUCAUUGGGGUUUAGGGUUUUAGAAACUACUGUCAGUUUGCAUUCUCCACCGUAAUUAGUAGUCCACUCAUCUCUCUCUAGACUACUUCCACAUUCUCUCUGUAACCAAAAAGAAGUAAACUUUACAUCCUCAAGCGGAGCUUUACCAAGACAAAGAAGCAAAAGCCUUCAGCCACAGACACAGCCACCGCCACCAUCGCCGCCCCGAGUAUUGACCAACAGGCAGGUCAAUGGCUAAUCGAUUGGAUUGGCCGUGUCAUGCCUGUGGCAACGUGGGAUUCGAAGAUGGCUCCGACGGCUUCUUCUACUGCACCCGUUGCGGCUCCCAAGCCGAAGGCAUCAUCGACACCGACGUCGCCGACGAAGACAUGCUGGACCGAGGGGACGGCCAUGGCGCACUCUACUCGGCCAAUCACCGCCGCCAGAUUAAAACCCCCCAGCCGAUCUCUCUGUCCGAAGUGCAGUCCCAGACACAGUCCCAAUUUUGGGACUCACUCAAUGCCCUAGACGACGACAUCGCGAAGACACAGGAGAGUAAUGAGCCAACUGGACCGACUGAUUUCGGGUUGGGUCCGAGGACUCUGAGCUACGAGGACUACUAUUCGGAGGUCAGGAUGAGGUAUGUGAUGGGUAUUCAGAUAAUGAUUCAGUUGCAAUGUAAGGCUCUGGUUGAGAAAUUCAAGGUGAAUUCGAUGAUUUGUGGGCUGGCAGGCACAAUUUGGUUGCGAUUGGUUGCGUUGACUAGGGUUUUUGAUGAUAACUGGGCGGACGAGAAGUUCCAUGAUUCUGAAUCACAGAAAGAAGAACAGCCAGGUGAUUCUAAGCCUCAAGCUAAAUAUCGUGCGGAACCCCACAACCUAUAUGGACAGCGAGCAGUAAUGAUAUGGCAUAAAUCAUUGAGCAAGACAAUACCCUUAUCUUGUUCUUUAGUGAUUUCAUAUCUGGCAUGUCACAUUGCGAGGGAGGCAGUCCUGCCAACAGAUAUAUUGAAGUGGUCUCUUGAAGGGAAGCUUCCUUAUUUUGCUGCUUUUGUUGAAAUUGAGAAACAAAUUGGACCUCCUUCACGUGCAUGUCCAUUAAGUUCAAGUCUAAUGUUCAGACCAACACAUCCUGUUCCAUCACAGAAGUUGGAAUCACUGGCUGCAUCUAUUGCUCAGAAAAUUGGCUUAGAAUUGCCUCCAGUGAACUUCUAUCCUAUAGCUUCUCGCUACCUCAGGCAGUUGUCCAUUCCUAUUGGAAAAAUUAUUCCACAUGCUUGCCGCAUAUACGAGUGGUCAAUGCCUUCAGAGUUAUGGUUGUCAGCUAAUGAGUUUAGGCUUCCUUCUCGUGUCUAUGUAAUGUCAAUAUUGAUCGUGGCAAUAAGGAUCCUGUAUAAUAUAAAUGGUUUUGGUAAAUGGGAAAUGAGUUUGUCUAGUUCCACUAAUCAUUCUUCACCGGCUCACGAGAAAGAAAAGUUGGAAACCAUGUGUGAUUCCGAUGCAACGGAUGAUGCUAAGCAGGACUCUUCUGAUGAUUUAGAAGAUUCAGGUCCAGAUGCUUCAAUAAACGAAUUACAUGUUGAGAAUUCCGAGCUGGAUGCUGCGGAGCUUCUGCUCAAUCUUGAAGCAAGAUAUGAUGAGCUGGGUGACGCAUACGACUUUUCCAAGGACUUGCCAUCAUAUCUUCAAUACUGUAAGGAUGUGGUCUUUGCCGGUUUAGAACCAUCAUUUGAGGAUCAUGAGGAGGCGAAAUUAAUUGAUGAAUUUUGGGAUUUUUAUCAGAAUCAAAAGGAUUUUGAAUCAUCAGAUGAACAGAGAAUGGGCAGUAGUGGUUUGCAGAACAAGAGAUCAAGAAUUGACAUUAGGAGCACGGGAAAAGAGAACAAGAAAAUGAGGGAAGAAGGGUCUGCGAGCAUUUCAUCCACAGAUGGUGUAAGCUAUUAUGAUGAUGAAUGCCUGCAACAGACCAUGAAUCAUGACAAUAGCUCUAUGGGAGAUGAGGAUUCUGUGCCUGGUGGCCAAGCUUUCUCAGAGUCCCAAAAAUCUAGAGCCAUUAGAAAAUUGAAGUCAAACAUGGAGGAGAAUAGGUUUUGUUACAUUCCACCAAGAGUCAAUGUCAAGAGAUAUGAUUACCUUCACUAUGUUAGGAAGAGGGAUAAAGGUGCCUUCACCUAUGCUGCCCAUGCCGAUUAUUACAUUUUGCUUCGUUCUUGUGCAAAGGUAGUCCAAGUUGACAUCAGGAGUAUGCACACUGGAGUUUUGAGUUUCGAAAGGAGACUGGCUUGGCUGGAAAAGAGAAUUGACCACUGCUUGCAUUUGAAUCCUCCAAAUAGAUCUUGUGAGUUUUGUAGUGAUGAGAUGCAACAAAAUGCUGCAGAUGAUUCCAUUGGUUUCUCAGAGUUGAAUUUGUGACACAAUCUAAGCUUUAAUUUAGAAAGAGUUUCUUUUGUUGAAUUACAAAUGUAUAAUUUGGAAAUGAGAGUUCAUUAUGCUUUUUUGGUGUC